GAGAGAGGGGAGAGAGAGAGAGAGCUUAGAAGAGGCUGAAUGACAUUUUCAGCUCUCCACACCCAAAUCUCUGGAAAAUUCCUUCAGUUUGCAGGCUGCUGCAGAGCUGGCUCACUGAGACCGACUGAGGUAGGAAGGAAAAGGAGAAAGAUUAACCGCACAGAUUGCUGAAGCAGAAGGAGGAGUUGCAGGAGAUGCAGACUAGAUAACCUUGGAAUGUGGGUUAGGAUGCUAUGUGUUGACGGAGGUGACUUGAAUGUAGCGUAGUGUAUAUCGAACGUCGGGACAGAUUCAGUGUGAAGACAAAAGAAGUGAAACUAGCGCUUUACUGCGGCAAAAGAAGAUCGACGUUAAGAAGCCAGUGCUGAAAACAACGGACCUGUUUCCUGUUAAGGAGCAUUUAUUACCUCCUUCUCGUCUGUCACCCUGGGGAAGGCAACGCUCCUCCGAUCUCCCCGAUUUCCCCCUUCCUCUUCAUCAUCAUCAUCGUCCUCACCACCGUUGAAGACUGUUUCAGCAUCCCGUUGUACCCUGACCUCAGGUAUCAGGUGGAAAAGGUUUUGGCUCCCCGGAUCGCCUAUCAUGCACAUCAAGACCACCAAGUGUAACCGCUUCUGCCUGGUCGCCUCGGUGACCAACCAGGAAGUGUUUAACCUUCCUGAAGCACGGGGCAGUUUUGAGGCCUUGUUCCGUUCAUUCGACCCGGAGGUGCAGUUCCAGUACUUCAAGUCUUUCCGGCGGGUCAGGAUCAGUUUCAGUGAUGCUCUGGCUGCAGCUGAAGCGAGACUCCGACUCCACAAGACUGAUUUCAACGGCAAAGAGAUGAGACUGUACUUCGCCCAGUCUGUCCACAUAGGGAGUCCUCGGCUGGAGCCCCCCAAGCCAGAGAAGCAGUUCCUGAUCUCGCCCCCUGCCUCCCCUCCAGUCGGCUGGGAACAGUCUCAGGAUGCCACGCCAGUCGUCAACUACGACCUGCUGUGUGCCAUCUCAAAACUAGGACCAGGGGACAAGUACGAGCUUCAGACCGCCACGCCCACCACCCCCAGCGUGGUCGUCCAUGUCUGCGAGGACGACCGCGACGACAGCUCGGCCCCCGACGACAGCGACCAAGACGACAAGCCCCGCCCCCCGCGACCGAAGAUCAUCCAGACGCGACGUCCCGACUACACACCCGGAGUCGAGCAGUGAGCGACGACAAAGGGGGAACAGUGUGACGGCUGUAACAUUUCAUCCUGAAGUGAUUGGUCAAGAGCUGAACACGCUCUCAGAGCUGGGAAGAAGGUUUGGGGACUUUAAGAAGGCGCCUGAGGGUGCUGCGACGCCCUGUAGGCGAGCAUUUCAUAAGACAGAGAGAAAACUGUGUCAAAUGCUGCAUUCAUGUCCCGUGGGAAAGACAGGAGAUCUGAACUUCCUAGUUAAAAAUACUGUUCAGUUUAGCCAUCAGAUGCUAUGUACUGCUUGUGAAUUUGAGGUUUGGAGAUGGAUCUGAAGGAAAUACUAGUUUAGUGUAGGACAUAAUGUAUACUCAUGUUUUGAUCAUAGUGCUUAAGUACAGUGGAAGGAGACUUUGCUGGAUUUUUGGUUUGGUUUGGGGAUACUUUGCAAAAAACAAAACAAAACUGAAAUGUACCAUGACUAACUUUGUGUGUUUGUGAGCUGAAGCUGGUCAGGUGCAAAGAAAGUCUGUACAGGACCAUCAAAGCGAUUUGGAUGUUGGUUAUUCCCACAUGACAUGAAUGCAGCACCAUUCUGACGGUCAUGUUUGCGUUUUCCUCGAGUUUGGAACUUAACUGACAGACUGAAGAGGGAAACGACUUUUGAAUGAAUUUAUUUUAAACAUAACUUUGCGACUGUUGCUUUUUGCUCGGGUGCUACAUAUGUAUGUCAGUCAGCCGUAGAGUUUACACACCGCUGACGUGCUUUUUCACAUCUCCUUCGGUUGCGUGGUCAUUACCGAAGAGGUCGUGUCGGCGCUGCGGCUCCCCGUUACUCUUCGCUGCUGUUUGAUGUCACAGCUUCACCUUUGCAGCUGUUUUGUGGUGGACGUGUAGUCAAGUCAAAGCUCGCCUUACUCACAUUUUACAGGCAAGCCCCCGGUGUGUGCUGCUUACACUGAAACGUUGUAUGAAAGUGAGGAGAUUGCACCCACAGUGUUGUUCCUGUAAUGACUUGUAACUGUGUUAUUUGAGGAUUUUUUCAGUUUUGGUACUCUGCCUGUCUGUAUGUGUUUUGGUUGUAGUGUAGCAAAUAACUGUUGCUAUUUGACAUUUAAUGGAGCUAAAUUACUAUGGCUUUACAAGGUGUUUUAUUUUUGAAUGUAGAACACACACACACAUACCCAGCCCUUGUUAAUCUGAGGGCUUCAACUACACCAACCAUGAUAUCUUGUCAAUAAAAAAUAAAACAGGGCUAACCUUUUUUAGUUCAUUCUUUGGCUAAAUAGUUUUCCGAAAGAAAAGUCUGCAAAUUGUGGGGAAAUAAAACUGAAGCACUGUUAUUCAACCUAUGACUCAGGGCCCGAUGCGUUUGCUGGCCUCUUCUGGUGGGUCCCCAUUUGAUAAGAGCGCAUGUAUGUUUUAGGGAGAUUAGUGUGUUGCCCACAGUGUGUCUUGUUGUAUUCAUACGGCUGUUAGCUUGUAGAACCCUUGUGUGUAGGAGAAGAUGCACGGGAAAUAUGUAUGUGGAGUGUGUGCGUCUGUUUCUGUGCAGACAGGUGUGUUAACUGUUGCUUUCCCAUUAGCAUUGGAGGUGUUCAAACUACUCUUAUUAGUGUGACAUUACGUCAGAUCUGUGCAAGCAUGUCACAGUCCCUCAACCUGCUCACAUUAGACCCCAGACCACCAUAUGACCUGAUGUUGUUACACACCUACGUUAUUGCACCGUGUAGAAACUAAAAUGUUGCAGCUGGAGUUGUUUUAAAUACUGCAGUGACAACACACCUCUGAAGGUUUCUUUAGGGAACCCCAGUGCUAACGGAUGUGUGUGUCUGGUGAUAAACGUAUUUUCCAUUGCAGUUAGCUUUUCUGGACUUACUGCUGUAAAUAGUUUCAAGCUAAAUCUUACACCGACACUUGACUCAGCUCAACAAAAAAAAGUGUAAAGUAGGAGUGGCGGGGUGUCAUUACAGGACCCUAUUUGGGUUGUUUCGGCCCUGCACCACUAAACAAACGCUGCUGACAGGGAAAAUUGUUUCACAUCACAAAUCAUGCUAGUGUUAAUCACUUGUAGAGUUCGAAACGUUUUUUGGAGAGGCUUUUUUGAAGGCUCUGAUAUGUCCUGUUAGUUAAACAAAUUCUGAAACUGUCAGCAUAGUUUAACAAAGGAAGAAACACAAUAGUCAGUUUCCUGUGGUAAAUGGAACUGGACUUGGAGCCCUGCUACUUUAUCACUCACGGUACAUAACCACUCCCUCAAACAGGUUCACCACUAGAACAUGUUGCAUGUACAUGUGUGAAUAAAAAUAGUGAGAGUGAAGCUCAGAGUCAGGUGUGCACAACAACCACUGUACGAUAUACUGACAUUCAUACAGGAAAACCCUGUUGGUCCAGCACUCUGGAACUAGUCUGGUUAUCUUGGUUCUACUGACCAUGUUCAUGAUAUGAAUGAGAACUCACUUUGCUUAUGUAUUAUUGGCUCUUUUCUUUUUCUGUGACCAGUAUCGUCUGUUGUCUUGGCUUGAAGAAGCUGCAUUUUGGGGGGCUACUGGUAGCACCUUAUUAUGAUAAUAGUCAGGACAUCAUGUACUAGUAAAAACUUGAAUUAAAAUGCCACUUUAAAUGGGUUGAAAAUGAAAUAAAAGCUGUUGUUUUGGUAGCAUCUUCAAGUUGUUACACUUCUUAACAGAUACAUCCUGUAGAAUGUAAUAAUGCUGGUUAUAAUUAGAAGGUUCAAAAAAGGUGAUUUAUUACAUAUUUCUAGUUAUUAUCAGUUGCUACAGGUUGUGGAGCUUGAAGAAAUGUUUGUGUCAAGUUUUUCUUCUUCUUCUUUGUUCAUUCAGAGCGAUGAGAGAAUGUUAGCUUGUGGACGCAGCACUGUGAAGCACAUGACGCACUGCCAGCGAGUCAGAUGGCUCAUCUGUCCCAUAUUAGAGGAUUGGAGGUUGCAUAAGCCUGUCAGUAUAGCUACUUUUUUACUACUGGUAUUGUAAGUUCAUUUAUCUUUUAAAAAGUAAUUUAACAUUACUGAGUUACCAUUAAAUAAAGAUUUGACCAUCUAA